AGUUAGUAGCUCUGUUGCUCUACCGAAGGAAACGCAAAAAAACUCACCUUUAACGGUUGGACGUUGCUUAUUUCAAAGUUAUGCCUCGCACAAUGGCCCGAGUGGCCUUACCUUUCCUUAUCGCUACCACAUGCUCCUUGCUUUUUAUAGUUUUAGCUUCGAGGACAGACAGCCUGCUAGCUGCGAUUAAGCAGAAAAACUACACAGCGUUACUGGAGGAGCUUAGCGCUGAGGACCUCGACGUCAACAAUCCGACGUCAUCGCACCGGCUGCCAAUGCUGGAGGCCGUCCGCUCCGACAACGAAUUCGCCGUAAAGGCUCUCCUAGAUCUGGGCGCCCUGGCUAACUCGCAUGAGCCUAUGUCCGGCCAAACCCCGCUACACGUUGCAUUCAGUUUAAAUUUUGUCACCAUUGCUCUCACCCUGCUGGAGCAUGGCGCUGAUCCCCAUGCGACCAACCAGGCCGGUGAUCCCGCCCGCCAGCUCGCCUCCAGCCCCGAAACCGCUGAGCUGCUGUCACGGCACGAAGCGGAGGGGGCGAUGGCCUUCGAGUCGGCCCCGGGCAGCUGGCUGCGGGCGGUCGAUGAGGAGGGUGACCCCUACUUCUGGAGCCCCUCCACCGGCGAGACGCGCUGGUCCGCCCCGCCCUCCUGCUCCUGGCACCGCAUCACCGUGCAGGGCAAGCCCAUCAGAUUCAUCAACCAGGUAACGGGCCAGCAGGUCACCUCGCUGCCCCCCGCCCUGGCCUGGGCGCUCGUGGCGGCCGAGGAGGAGGGCAGCUCCCCGCACUGGUUCAACUGGGCUGCGGGGCUGAGCUCGCUGAGCCCCCCCGCGGAGCUGCCUGCGGACAUGCUUGAGGAGCUGCAGGCGGCGGGUAGCGCAGGCGGCAUGUGGCUGCAUUCCGCCAGCGGGGAGCUCAGCUACAGCGAUCCGGCGUACAGCACCGCGUGGAGGGAGCUGAGGGAUGAGGCCACCGGUGAGCCCUACUACUUCAACGUGGAGAGCGGCGAGGCGGUGUGGGAGACGCCGGAGGAACUGGCCUGGGAGCGGGUGGACGGGGGAGAGGAGGGGCAGCAGGAGGAGGGGCAGCAGGAGGAGGGGCGGCGGCGGUCGAGCGGGUACUACUACAACCGGCUGAGCGGGGAGGCGAGGUGGGAGGCGCCCGCCACCGGGC